CCAGCUUGCGCCUCCCUCAUCUUCUUUGUCAUCUGGCACAUCAUAGCCUUUGAUGAGCUGCGGACCGACUUUAAGAACCCCAUCGACCAGGGGAACCCAGCGCGGGCACGCGAGCGUUUAAAAAACAUCGAACGCAUCUGCUGCCUCCUGAGGAAGCUGGUGGUCCCAGAGUACUCCAUCCACGGCCUCUUCUGUCUGAUGUUUCUGUGUGCAGCGGAGUGGGUGACCCUGGGCCUCAACAUCCCCCUCCUCUUCUACCACCUCUGGAGGUACUUCCACCGCCCUGCGGAUGGCUCUGAGGUCAUGUACGAUGCAGUCUCCAUCAUGAAUGCCGACAUCCUCAACUACUGCCAGAAGGAGUCCUGGUGCAAACUCGCCUUCUACCUGCUCUCCUUCUUCUAUUAUCUGUACAGUAUGGUUUAUACGCUGGUGAGUUUCUAAGGGGGAAGCCGGCCAGGGAGCAAGCCCAGAACGGACCGGACGCCUGUGCACCCCCAGCCCUGCUCCUCGGCCGCAGUGGCCUCAGCCCUGAGGAGGGAAGGGGCACUGGUGCCCCCAGCCUCCUCUCCACCCCCCAAACUGCUGCUGCGGGGACCUCCCGCCUUCAGAGCCCACUCCCCUUGGACUAGGGCUGGGCAGAGCUCUAAAUAGGGGCAGGAGCUCCUCUGCCAGCCUGUGGGCAUGGCGGUCAGUCCUGGAAGGGGCGGAACCUCCGGCCUUGUCCAAUUUUGGGAAGGACUUGGGGCCCUGCCAAGGGGCAGGGCUUGACCCUGGAAGUUCUGGGCCACCCCCCUCAACCCCACCCUGAGGCUCCCCCUGCAGGUGGGGGGGUACCCACACCCAGAAUGAGCAGGCUCAGCAGGGGGGCAGUCCCACUCCUAGCCUGCCCUCUCCCCUUCCCCAGGCUCUCUCUUCAGACUCCUUCCUGUCCCCAUUUGCCCCAACCCAGCCCACCUGUCUCUUGGACCUAUUUUCUAUGUUGCCUGGAGGAGUCCGGCACCCCCUCCCCGGCCAUUUGUGACAAAAUAUGAAUAAACUACUGCAAACACCUGG